AGUUUGUAACAUGAGCUAUUUUACCCUUUCAAACCUGUAACAUUAUCCGAUCAAAAGGGUAAAAAAAAAAACAUGUUUGAUAUAUUUGUUUAGGAUUUAAGUUUAUGAAGACAUUUAAGCAAAAACAGUCAAAUAAAAUAGAAAAAAAUGUUACGCCCUUCAAAAGUCCCCCAUAAUGAUUCAUUCAUGAGUUUGCACAGAUGCAGCAGUUGGGCGAUUGGAUUAUGACCGCUGAUACAAACUGUAUCGUGUUAGCAGCUUCUAAAACGAAACAACGGACAUUUUUUUAUCAAAUAUGUGCCCUUUUAGUUUUGGACUAAAUUACCUGCUUGAAGAUCACUGAGCUUUUGGUAAGGCUAAAUGAAGGCAGACAUCCAUCAAUUGAUUUUCUUCGGUUUAUCCGUGGACCGUGACCAAGUAAUGGGGACAGAAGCCCAGACUUCCCGGUCCCCGGCCACCUGUUCCAGUUUCACCCAGCUGGCAAGCCGGCUGGGCUUGUGAACAUUCAUGAUGAACUUACUUUAAAUUCACACGUGUGUUUCUUGCAGCCAUGUCGGACGUAGAAGAGGAAUACGAGGAGCAGCCAGAGGAGGAGGAGGACGGGGAGCAGCAGUAUGAAGAGGAAGAAGAGGAUGAUACAUAUCAGCAUCAGGAGAGGGAGCACGUGGAUGAAUAUGAAACAGAGGAGGAACGUCCCAAACCUAAACCAAUGGCGCCUCAACUUGCUCCCCCAAAGAUUCCCGAAGGAGACCGGGUGGAUUUUGAUGACAUCCACAGAAAGCGAAUGGAGAAAGACAUGGUGGAGCUGCACACACUGAUUGACGUCCACUUUGAACAGAGGAAGAAGGAUGAGGAGGAGCUCAUCGGCCUCAAGGAUCGAAUUGAGCGUCGUCGGUCAGAGCGUGCAGAGAUCCAAAGAGUCCGAACGGAGAAGGAGAAGGACAGACAGAACAGGAUUGCGGAGGAGCGUCAGAGGAAAGAGGAGGAGGAGGCCAAGAAGAAGGCUGAUGACGACGCCAAGAAGAAGAAAGUGCUAUCCAACAUAGGGGCAAACUUUGGAGGCUUCCUCGCCAAGUCUGAGUUGAGGAGGGGCAAGCGUCUGACUGCCAGAGAGAUCAAGAAGAAGACUCUGACCGAGAGGCGUCAGCCGCUGACCAUUGACAAUUUGAGAGAGGACUCACUCAGAGAACAAGCCCAGGAGAUGUGGAACUGGGUUUACCAGCUGGAGUCUGAGAAGUUUGACUACAUGGAGCACAUAAAGCACCAGAAAUACGAGAUCAUCGUGCUGCUCAACAGAAUCCAACAUGCUCAGAAAUUGAAAUUUAAAAAGGGACAAGGCAAAGGGAAGGUGGGCGGCCGCUGGAAGUAAACGUGAGAAGAAAGCAGGGCAAAAGAAGUACACUGUAGUACUUUUCUGUGUGAUCCUGUUUGUUGAUAUUGUGUUGUAAUAAAGUCAUGUGCAAUC